AUGCACUAUUUCCUUAAUCUGUUUUUGUUUUACUUCUUUCUGACCAAUCCAUCUCUCUCUUUUUUCAUGCAUACAACCACAAAAGACUAUCUAUUUCCAAUAAUGGGCGGAAAUAUGGCUACAGUCAUAAGAGUUAACACUGAAGACAUUCUCACUAAAAAUUAUGACGCUUACUCUGUGACUUGCACAAGUGUAGUGAAAACUACUCUAACCUUUACGUUACCAGUUAACAUAGGCACAACACCAAAACCUAUCAACAUAAGUGUUAAUCAACAUAUAAGCGUCAAAUUUUCUACGAAAAACCAGCAAAGCGUUAAAGCAGUAACUCUUGGUGAGGUGGUAACAAUGAACAUAACUGCAGGUAAGUGUUUCUUGUUUUUCCUCUUACCACCCAGUCUAUUCACAUUUUUCCCGCCUCCUCAUCCUACUUCCAAGGCUCUUCACCUUCGUCCGUCUUUUCUUCUCUUCCUCCUACCUCCAAGGCUCCUCACCUUCCUCCGUUUUUCUCCUCCUUUUCCCCAACCUUCAAGGAUCCUCACCUUCACCCGUAUUUUCUUCUCCUCAUCCUGUUUCCAAGGUUCAUCACGCUCCUUCGUUUUUCCUCCUCCUCCUACCUCCAAGUCUCCUCACCUUCCUCUGUCUUUACUCCUCCUCCUAUCUCCAAGUCUACUCACCUUCAUCCCUCUUUACUCUUCCUCCUACCUCCAAGGCUCCUCACCUUCUUCCGUCUACUGUCCUCCGUCUGUUGUCCUCCUACGUCCGAGGCUCCUCACCUUCCUCCGUUUUUCUCCUCCCUUUUCCCCAACCUUCAAGGAUCCUCACCUUCACCCGUCUUUUCUUCUCCUCAUCCUGUUUCCAAGGUUCAUCACCUUCCCCCGUCUUUACUCCACCUCCUACCUCCAAGGUUCCUCAUCUUCCUCCGUCCUUUAUCCCCCUAAUCCUACCUCCAAGGCUCCUCACCUUCCCCCGUCCUUUAUCCUCCUAAUCCUACCUCCAAGGCUCCUCAUCUUCCUUCGUCUUUUCGCCUCUCCCUCUUACCCCUGUCUCCUAAACUUCCACCGUCUUUUUCUCCUAUCUCUGUCUAUUCAGAUUUAUUCAAAUUUUCUUCUCCUUUAUUCCAAAGAUAAUGAUAACCGCUCAUUCCAAAGAUAA